ACAAGACGAUAGCUCACGUGACCAGACAACUUUUUCUCAUGCUUCUUCAGUUCAAACUCAGACAGCACACGAGCAAGGUGCGACAACAUAUGUGCAGCGUUUCUUACAAAAUGGCGAGAAACGAGGGAAAUGUGAAUGUACGUCUUGUGCAAGCUGCCAUACGUGGAUCACUGCGAGACGUUGAAGCGGCAUUGAAAGCUGGUGCAGACAUUGACUUCGAUCUACGAUACAGCGACAAGGCAAGCACUGGCACAGCACUGUUCAUCGCCUGCCAAAGGGGACAUGUCGACAUAGUGAAAUUGCUGCUCCGUGAGGGGGCGUCUGUGGCGAAGAGAUCCGCGCUCUCUCAUGCUCCUCUUCACAUUGCAGCGUUCAACGGAGAGACAGAAGUGGUGGAACUGCUGGUGCAACAUGGAGCAACAUUAGACAUACGGGACAACAGGCAACACACACCGCUCGUUCAUGCAUGUAUCUUCAACCACGUCGACACAGUUCGGCUACUACUUAAACUUGGAGCAAACCCUGACCUGAGAGAGGCCGGAAGCCUCGAUGAAUGUGAAGAAGAGAGUUUGAAGAUAGUAGAAGAGGCGAUGAAGACCAAGCUGUUGAGAUGCUGCAACCCCAAAUGUGGCAAACCAGGCUACAGGAAAACCGGAACCCUGAAGCUGUGUGGCCGGUGUAAGCUGACCCGCUACUGCAGCCGUGACUGUCAGAAACAACACUGGUCUGUCGGACACAAGAAGUGCUGUGGGCAUGACGCGUACACUGGCGAGCGACCCGAUUCCUUCGAAAAUAUCAUGGCGUCGGUCUUCAGUCCAAUUCAAGUCAACGACGGUUGAAAUGACUGAUCAUUCCUUUCGGGAUAUUAUUGAGCACACGAUACCGCUACAACCAUAUCAAAUGUAGUGUAGUACACGCUGCAGUACAAAAAGUAACACGCUACAUGUUACCAAACCUUCAGCAUUCUCACUAAGGGCAUGAUUCUGGUGUGUUUGUACUCUCCAAGCAGAGGUUGGUGGGGAAAAUCAUGACCUUUUCCUAUCAUAUUUUUUUUCGACCGGCCUUCUCCGGUCGAAAAAAAAAUACAAUAGGAAAAGGUCACGAUUUUUCCCAUCAACCUCUGCUUGGAGAGUAGUGUGUUUGUAGAAAACAAUGUUGUCUAAAUUGCCAUGCAAUUUUAUACUAAAUUGUUUGCUUUAUUUUGUGAAUAUUGUUAACACGGUGUCUACAUACGGAGUAAUAUUUUAGAAAGCAAACUCUAGUAUUGCACAUGUAACGUUCAACACGUGUAUGUUUCUCUUGUUGUUGUGUACUUUAAAUGUGAAGUAAGAACUCACUGCAAUAACCUGGGCUCCUAUUUAUUUUGCAAGUUGUUUUUAAUACUCAUUUUGGUCAGCGUAGUACUCCCGCAUUGUUUAUGUUAGUGCUUAUUGUACUUAUGGUAAUUAUAUACAUAAAUGUGAUCACUUUGGUCUCAUAAAUGCAAUGGUUUUUGUCCAUCUA